AUGUAUGGCUUAUUAGAGGGAAAAACUGUAGCUAUAACAGGCGGAGUGACUGGGAUUGGUCGUGCUAUUGCGAUUGGUAUGGCGAAAAAUGGGGCUAACGUUGUUGUUAACCACUUACCAAAUCAACUGGAGCUAGUUAAAUCCUUACAAGAGGAAAUUGGUGAAGAUAAAUUUUUAGGUGUUGCUGGAGAUAUAUCGAAGCCCGAAAAUUGUGAAGAAUUAAUUGUCAGAACAGUUGAGAAAUUUCAUGAAAUCAAUGUUUUUGUAUCGAAUGCUGGAAUAUGUGAGUUUAAAGAAUUUACGGAGAUUGAACCUGAGACAUAUUAUAAAACGAUCGACAUAAAUCUAAAUGGAGCAUUUUUUUCUAUCCAAGCUGCUGCUAAACAGAUGAAAAAACAAGGAAAGGGAGGCAGUAUUAUUGGAAUCAGUAGUAUUUCAGCUUUAGUUGGGGGCGCCUAUCAGGCACAUUAUACUCCAACGAAAGCUGGAAUAUUAUCUAUUAUCCAAUCUACUGCUUGUGCAUUAGGACCAUACGGUAUUAGAUGUAAUGCGCUCUUGCCUGGGACCAUUAAAACAGCCUUAAAUGGUGAAGAUUUAAGUAAUGAUGAAAAAAAGAAAUAUAUGGAAAACCGUAUUCCUUUAACAAGACUAGGCGAACCUGAAGAUAUGGCAGGUCCUUCAGUCUUCUUGGCGAGUGAUCUUUCAAAAUAUGUAAACGGUGCGCAAUUAUUGGUUGAUGGCGGUCUCUUUGUCAAUUUACAAUGA